CUAAAACUUUUUCCUAACAAAGAUCUCCUCAUUUCAACUGAUGAGGUCUAUCUCAUGGUUUGUAAAAUAUUUUCAAAUGACAUUCCUAAGUUUAUAAAAUGUGCAAAAUUUACUUUUCGUUGGAGCAAAGUGAAACUCCACAGUGCCUUUAAGAAUUAUGUUGUUUCUACUUAUUCUAAUUUAUCCUGCAAGAAUUUUUUGUUAUUUCCCAAGUGAAAAUGUAGAACAUCUAACCGACAAUUUUUUUGCAAAUCUUCAAGAACAUCCUAACAUAAAAGGCAAUACACUAGAAGAAUCUGAAGCAUUUAUUAAUAAACAAGUAGAAAAUUAUGUCGCACUAAUUGAGCAGACCCAUGGCACAAUUGAGCAUAGGUUACAUAGACGAAGUUUACCUAUUGAUCAUACAAUUACGCUUAUAAAAGAUAAUGCAGGAAUUUACGUAUUAGACGGAGUUAUCCCCGAAUAUGGCAUAAAAGUUCAACUACCCAAAGAUAUACAUUUAUUCAGCUAUGAAACUGAAGCCGGCGAAGCAUGGUAUGGGGCAGCUUUAGAGACUGUAAAUGGAACAGUAGGAAAUGAUUUAGUAAUCUUUAAGUAUGAGAAUCGCCAAUUUAGUCUUAUAAACAAAAUACCAGUCCGAAAUGGGGUAAGAUUGGCUACAAUUUCUAUUGAUGGGGGAGUAUGUAUAAUUGUGGCAGAAAAUAAUGCUAUUGGUGUCAAGAUGCACAACAAGACGCAAGUGAUCAAAUUUAUUCCUAGCACAGGCCAAUUGACCCAUAUACAGUUUUUGGAUGCCGAGUAUGCAAGCGAUGUGGCUUUGUGGACCGAACAUAAUGAAAUUUUUAUGACACUGGCAACCUACAUGAAAAGUGAAGAUCAAUACGAAGUUAACCAACCCAUCUACCAAUGGCUUGGUCGACAUUUCGACACGAUCGGCUACAUUAAAACAUACGGGGCAAAAAAGGUAACCCCUUUCAUCAUAGGCAAUGGCCAUUAUCUUGCCGUGGCCAAUUUUCAAAAUAAUUUUGGUAACACAAACAUCUAUUCCGAGAUAUAUAAAUAUAAUAGACACUUGGAGAGAUUUGAAAGUUACCAGAAAAUUUUAACAACAGCAGCGGUCGAUGUUAAACAUUUUGCUUUCAAAGGAGAAAAGGGAGCGGAGCAUUUUUUGGUAUUCGCAAAUUUCUUCGAAGCAGGAAUUAAUGGAAGUAGAAGUUACGAGACCAUCUCAAUCGUUUACAAAUAUGUAGAUCAAUUUUUUAUACCAUUCCAGAGCUUUAAAUUGAAUGGCGUUACACAGUGGCUUCCCGUGACAGGUCCCCUUGGCGAAUUUGCAUUACUGGCAGCUUGUGAGUUUGACGGGUUGAAAGUCUUUCAAUACGACGGUUGGAGGUUUACGGAAUCUAACGUUCAAUACACCAGUGAAGCAUUUACCAAAGGAAUCUUGUCUAUGAAGGCAUACAACCUGGACAACAAAAUCUUUGUUGAUCUUGGUUUCAGUUUGUGA